AUGUCCACCCCCAGUGCCGUCGCCCGGACGGCUCCUAUCGCCAUUGCACCCAAACCUUCCCGUCCACCCUACCCUCCCAGCCGUCAAGGUAGCGCUAUAUACAGCGAGGGAUAUGCCAGCAGUCUUGGGGCGGGCUUCGACUCGCCAGACACCGGUUCACCGCUGACAGGACACUCGUCGAUUCCUUGCGACGUCUGCCAGCGUCGCCGCAUCAAGUGCGUCACCACGGACAACGACGACGGCAGCUGCAUUUCAUGCCAGGUGAACGGCAACGAGUGCUCUCUUGUCGGAAGCCCGCAGCCGCUAAAAAGGAAGCUCAAUGGUGACCUGGAAGAGAGCCAUAACAAGCGCGGUUCACCUGGAAGAUCCGACCUCAGGAGGAGGAGGCCGCACCAGUCCAGCCUAUCGAGCACUGCUACGAGUGCGGCACUUAUUGAAGACAUGGCCAACAUAGGCGGGCCGCACCUGCUCAAGCGGACUUUAGGUCUGCAGCAAGACCGGUACUCUCAGUACAUCGGACCGACGACUGAUUUUGAGCCGUCACUGAUCAACCUGUCGUCUUUUGACCCGCACGAUGAAAGCCUCCUUGCGAGGGGCACUCUCCGCAAAGUCAGCGAUAUCGACACCUUUCUUAUGCUACCCGACAACCUCACGCCUGGGUAUGAGCACAUUACCGAAGACCUCGAGGAGAUCGAGAGGCUCGUGGCACCACACGGCCGCAAGCUAAUAGACAUAUACUUUCGGGUCGUGCACCCGGGGUUUCCCAUCAUCCAGAAAACAGUCUUUUACGAGAAGUACGAGCGGUCAUACCGGGAGUUCGCGCCGUGUCUUCUCGCUGCGAUCUACCUUUUGGCGAUCAACUGGUGGGACCAGGAUGAGACGCUCUCUGCUUACCCACGACCCAAGGUCCGAGAGCUGGAGAGGCUGGUAAGGACGACACUUGCAGAUGCGAUGUUCAGGCCAAAGCUCUCGACGAUACAAGCUGGGCUCUUGUUGUCGCAACGGCCCGAGGGGGAUCAGUGGGCACCUACGGCGCAACUGGUCGCGAUCGCACAGGAGCUAGGCCUUCACCUGGACUGCUCUGGUUGGAAGAUCCCACCUUGGGAGAAGGGGCUGAGGAAACGACUCGCCUGGGCCUUGUACAUGCAAGACAAAUGGGGCGCUCUGGUCCAUGGACGGCCCUCGCAUAUUUUCACUUCGAACUGGGCAGUGCAGCCUCUGACACCGAAUGAUUUUCCGGACGUCGAAUCGGAGGAGGACGGCGUUGAGGAGAGGAUCGAGAUCGAGCAGGGACGCACGCUGUAUGCGCAAAUGGUCGUCUUGUCCCAGAUCCUGGCCGAGAUUCUGUACACGUUUUACACGUUGCAGGCAAAUCAGACGGUGACAAACGCGGGAGCCCAAGGGACACAUCUCGUCUUGUCACUUGCCAAACCCAUACAGUUGAAGCUCAAGGACUGGUACUCUGGCCUCCCUCAGCAGAUCAGGAUGGAUUCGUCGUUGACGACCACAAACACCCCCUCGAGUCGGCUGUCCAGCAUCGGCUACCUGCACCUCGCCUACUUCGCCACCGAGAUCACCCUCCACCGCCGCAUCAUUCGCUCCAUGGCGGCCGCCGACGCCGGCCCCAACGGGGUCAACCCCUCGACCCCGCCUUCGGGCCAGGGCGCCGUCGACCCGUACGUGCAGCACAUCUGCCGCUCGGCGGCCAAGGCGCGCCUCAUCUCGGCGAUGGACUUUGUCAACCGCCUGACGCCGCAGCACCUCCGCUCCUUCUGGUACUUUGCCUCCAAGACCAACUUCGCCCUCAUCGGCACCUUCGGCUCCCUGCUCUGGGCGACGUCGCCGGGCCGCGAGGAGGCGGACUGGUACCGCCGCCGCCUCGGCGAGUACCGCUGGACGCUGUCGGUGUCGUCCAAGCCCGGGGAGGGCAGCCGGGGCCUGACCGACUUCGCCAUGGGCAUGCUCGACAUCAGCACGGGCCUGCUCAAGCAGCUGCCCGAGAAGCCGAUCCUGAGCCGCAGCGGCAGCAUGGCCGACAUGGACGCCGCGCGGCGGCAGAGCAUGCUGGCGCUCGGCAACGACGGCGGUGGUGGUGGCGGCGGCGGCAUGGGCAUAGGCAUGGGCAUGGGAGGGGGUAGUAUUGCCGGCAGCGGCGUGGGCAGCUACAGCGGCCUGCCGAGCAUCGGGGGCAGCGGGAUGCAGAGCCCGCAGAGCGAGAGCGGGGACAGCAGCGACGAGGAGAUGUACGGUAGCUUUGCGCCGACGUCGGGCAUGGCUGGUAUGGGGGAGUAA